AAUUGUGGAAUUUUAAUUCGUAAUAUUUUUGUGAGGGAAUUUCCUUGUAUAAAAGGUUUGUUUUUCCGCAGGUAUCUAUAAUUUGUUUUCCCACUAUGUUAGUGAUUCCGAUCUGUUUGAUUUCCUUUUUUGUUUUUAAAACACCUGGUUGGAUAAGAUUCUUAUUUGCGCCGGAAUCGAUCAAUAGAUUGAGACCUUGUUUAGUGCGUAAAUAUGGGAGAUAGUUGCAUUUCUUUUUGGAAUUUAAGUAUUGUUUUUCAGACUUCCUGCUAGGCGAAAAUUUACUUCGUCAAAAUGAUCAGUUUCAUCAUCACUGUCACUGUCAUUGGACUCUUGUUCCGUUUCAACCUCGUUGUUGUGGAAUUGCUUUUUAUUUUGUGCGUAUUUACUGCGCAUUGAAGCAUCUACAUCCAUUGGUUCAGGUUUAUCUGAGUUUUUGAUUGAAAAUUUCUUUUCUGAAAUGGCUUUAGUUGGUUUAUUAUAACUGGUACUUUCAUUUUGGUUGAAUUUAUUCUUAAAAGGUGGUUUAUUGGAUGGGGUUUGAACAUUUUUGGUAAGGCUGCCUGCAUUUUGUUCUGUCGCUUUGAACUUACAAAGGAAUGCAUACGCAUCCUCAAUGUCUUUAGGUCGAGCGGCUUGGGCGUGCCCAAAGUAAUUUCCUCUAAGUCCAGCGAUGAAUGCAGCAAGUGCGUCUUCAUCAAUGAAUGCAUUGAUUGCAACCCAAUUUGUGCGGUAUUGUUCGUUUUGUUUUGCAAGGGUUUUAAUAUUUUGCACAAUUUCUUUAGUUUGGUGGUAAUAUUUGUGAAUACUCAUCCCAUCGGUCAUUUUAUUUUGCCACAUUUGGCAUUUAUAGGUGGACAAUUCUUGUCGGUCACCUAGCGAAGAAAUUAAAAUUUCUUUAAUUUCGUCGAAAUUUUGUGGACUUCCUGAAAGACAUAGGAUGUCUUUUGCUUUCCCACAAAUUUUGUUUGUUACUGCAGUAACGUACAUUUGGUACACUGCUGCAGGUACUAGGUCUUUAAACAAAGCUAGUGUGUUAUCGGCAGUUGAUAACCAUGAUGCUAGUUGUUUCCGAUUGCCCUCAAAAGUUGGCAAUGAUUUUAUAGGGUCAGGAAUGCGAAAAUAAUCGUCAAAUGCCCUAUUAUUACCUGCAUUACUUGAUGAGGUACUUGCGCUUAGCGCUGUGUAUUGGUUUUGGAGAGAAGUGAUGGCUCGCAUCAUCUCGACCAAUUGUGUUGCGAUCUCUUCCAUUUUGUCUCCUUCUGUUUCAAGAUUAUCGGAGGUUGAAAGAUCUCUGUGAGAAUCGAACCUUUCAGUUGCUUUCAUGUACGAAUUUUUCGUUGUGUACGACACUGGGUUGAUCUCUUUCUUUUCUUUGUAUCACGGGCCCUGUCUGGUAGUACUCCCACGAUGAGAAAAAGCUACUCCUAUCUGGUAGUAAGUCACUUUCUACCUAAGAAACCUAUCUGGUAGUAUUUCCUAAGGACGCGAGUAAAACUGGUUUUUCAAGCACUGAUUUCCACUGAAACACUGUUGCACUUUUUAUGAAAAUAAAAGAAUUACUUACGAUUUUUUUUUCUUGCUGUCGUGUCGCGGGUUCGUGAUUUAACGAUGCUGGUUUUCCUUCCAGGUGGGUAACUGCGUGGGGGAUCCUCAACUCCUCGGCGGAAUACAGCUUCGAUCGAUGUUGUCUUCCUGUGUUGCUCCGGAUGCGUUGGAUAACUUUUAUCACUUGCGGGAUCACUUUAGUUAGAGUUUUUCCAGUCUCUUACUUUUCCACUUUUGACACAAUUACACUCACUUAAAUCACUCCGGACGGCUGCGCCAAUUAUAAGUGCAAGGCUUCACGUUUCAUAAAAAAAAACUUUAUUGCUUAAGCGCAAGCGCUUCUAACACUGAGCUGAUCCAAAUUACAACUAUCUUAUUUCUUAAAUUCUACAAUGCACCUAGCCUUCGAUUCUACCCUAUAGCUGCUGACUCUGCAUAUCCGGUAUGCACGUGUUCACGUGCCGGUUCCCGUUGCUAUGCGCGUCAUGUUGCUAUGCGCGCGUGUUCCGGUGAUGCGGUCGUUGCUCGGUGCGCGUGUCCACGUGUUGGCUUCUUAUUACGUGGACUCAGCUAUUCGGUCUACGUAACUAUAUGUCAUUUCGCGUAGCCAACCCUGAGCUAUAAACGUCAUUUCCAUACAAUUUCAGAUUGCGCCAAGAUUGCGCAUAAAUUUUCAAGAUUAUAUGUCCGAGAUAUAUAAAUAUUUUUUGACAGAUAAAUAUAUCAAACCGAUCCGUUUGACAGAUAAAUAUAUGCGCAAUCUGAGAUUGCGCAUCGUCUAUUGCUACGGUUAUCCUUGGAUGAGACCGAGGAAAGACGCCAAGAAAGCAAGAACGCAAAAACGAACGAAGUGGAAUUGUGAAGUUGUGGAAUUAACACCUCGUGCCGUUCGUCACUAAGUGAGGUUAGGUGAGAUGUCGACAAGCGAGCGUAUGACACGAAGUAAGGCGAAGGCUGAGAUGGCAGAAAAUACAAUCGCGCAAACUAUAUCAAGCCAACUGGCCUUGGAACAAAGUCAAGAUCCUUCACCCACCACGCCGCAAAAUGUGCCAAAUGAUCAGCAGGCGUCGUCAUCGAACAUGAAAGGCAAUGAGCUACUAUGUAAAACGGUGAAACCUCCGCGUUCUCGCUCUUCAAAAGCAUCGUCAGUCGACCGCUAGAGAAAAACAACUUUUACUUGCAAAGCUAGAAGAAGAAAGACGAUGCGAGAUGCAAUUUAUCGAAAAGAAGUACGCCCUUCUCACUGAAAUACCCGAUGAUUCAGAUGACGAGUCAAGCAUUGCAAGUAAUAUAGAAUGUUUAAGAGUAGAAGACUGGGUAGAAGAAAACGCGCAGUCACAGAAUAGAUUCGUGAAAAGUGAACCAGUCCAUGCCGUACCACCGCAAACAUUACCACAACAUACGGUUCUAAACCCAACACAGAACAUCAAUACAAUACAAGCGGAGUUAUCAUCUGCACAAAAAGAUGCACGGAAAUCGUUUGCGAAAGAUCUGCCACGAUUUGCCGGCAGUCCGGAAGAAUGGCCGUUAUUUAUAUCCGCAUACAACAACACCACGGAAAUGUGUGGUUUUACCGCCCAUGAAAAUUUGAUACGCUUACAGAACUGCCUCCAUGGGAAAGCGCUAGAAGAUGUUCGAAGCUUAUUAAUGCAUCCUGAGAACGUAGGCACAGUUAUCGGAACUUUGCGGAUGCUCUACGGUCAACCCGAACGCAUUGUUCAAACGAUAACCGAUAAAAUAACUGUGCUUCCAGCAGUCGACGAAAGUAAGCUGGAGACUUUGGUAGAAUUUGCAGUAGCCGUACAGAACUUUUGUGCCACCGUACGGGCAUGUAAAGUGCCCGAUAAUUUAUAUAACAUUACUUUAUUACAUCAAUUGGUGCACAAGCUGCCACCGCAUUUACAAUUGCGCUGGGCAGAAUAUCGUUUCAAUCUUCAGGACAUAAGUCUCGCAACAUUUAAUUCCUGGUUAUAUCAACUGGCCUCGGCCACCAGUGCUAUAGCGUUUUCGAAUAUAAAAGAAAAACCUUCCAAACCCUCUAAAGUACCAUAUGGAAACCAUAACGGUAGACAAGUUAACGCGCACUCAUUAUCUAAUUAAGGACGUUUUUCAAAGAAACAAAUUCCAAGUGGCCAUCGUCGAGAAAGUAUCGUAGCACAUGACGUGUCAACCGACUCUCAUCAAAAUAACCAACAAAUAACUAGAGAAGAAAGUCAUUGUGUGGGUUGUACUGCUAACUGCAGUUCCUUGAAUUGUUGUGAAGGGUUUUUGCGCAUGGCACAUAAUGAACGAUGGGCUUUAGUGAAGAAUAAUGGAAUAUGUCGUAUCUGUCUAAAGAAACAUCUCCCACCGUAUUGCUCUGAUAAAAUAUGUGGAGUGUCCGGCUGUAAGUAUAAACAUAAUCCUCUGCUACAUUACGAGCAGAGAAACAAUGGAAAUUUACCAAUUCAAGAGCAACAGUUGUCUCCUACCUCUAACAAUAGGACAGCAAAUAACACUCACAUCGGUAUCAAGGAUCGGUACUCCUAAAAUAUGUUCCGGUGGUGAUUAUAGGACCAGAAAAACAAAUUUCGACUUAUGCAUUGCUCGAUGACGGUUCUGAGAUUACACUAAUUGAUCAAGCACUAGCAAAUGAAUUGCAGCUUACUGGAACACCCCGCCCUAUGGAACUGCAAUGGUCGAAUGGAAGCAUUCGAAAAGAACCAGAUUCAUUAAUAGUGAAUUUACAAAUUCAUGGUGAAUCUGGUGGAAGGCAAAUGUAUUUACGAAACAUAAGAACGGUAAGCGAACUAAACCUUCAUUCACAAACACUGGACAUAGAGAAGCUUGAACGGCGUUUUAAACAUCUUAAAGGACUACCGAUGGUCUCAUAUACCAACGCCAAGCCUCGUAUUCUCAUUGGUUCACAACACUCAAGUUUAACUACUCCAUUGAAAACGCGAGAAGGCCGAUUUGGAGAACCGAUUGCCGUAAAAACAAGAUUGGGUUGGACGAUCUAUGGCCCUGUGAACGAAGAGACGCAAACGUAUACAAGCAAUCAAUUGAACAUUCACCUGCUUCAUGAGCCUGAUGACAGUAACCUUCACCAAGCAAUGAAAGAAUAUUUCGAUCUAGAUAGUCUUGAGGUAGCAACAAAAAACAACUUAGCGUCUAAAGAUGAUGAACGGGUGAUAACAAUGUUAAAAAUAACACACGUUUUAACGGAGUUCGUUAUGAAUCCUGUUUACUAUGGAGAUUAGAAAACGUCAGUCUACCAGUAAAUAAAGAGAUGGCUUUACGUCGUCACCGCAACUUAGAACGACGAAUGAAAAGAGAUGAACAGCUAAACCACACUCUACAUAAUAUGAUAGCAGAAUAUUAUCAUAAAGGAUAUGUUCGAAAAUUGGAUUCAAAUGAAAUCCCCGAAGUAAAAUGGUUUUUACCUAUCUUCCCUAUUAAAAAUCCCAACAAACCAGGAAAGAUAAGAAUUGUUUGGGACGCAGCAGCGAAGUCUUCGCAUGGCCUAUCGUUGAAUUGUAUGUUAUUGCAAGGACCGGAUCUUUUAUGUUCUCUAUUGAACAUAUUAUUAUGCUUUCGUUUGGGUCAAAUUGCGAUCGCAGGUGACAUUCGUGAAAUGUUUCACCAGAUAAGCAUGCGUAGAGAGGAUCAAAUGUAUCAAUGUUUUUAUUGGACAGAACAAGAUGGAGAACUUGCCGUGUAUACUAUGACCGUGUUGACCUUUGGUGCAUGUUGUUCACCUUGCACUGCCCAGUUCGUGAAAAAUCGGAACGCAGAACGUUUUCAAACUACUCACCCCAAAGCAUACGAAGCUAUCGUUCAUUCUCAUUACGUUGAUGAUCUGCUUGUGAGUGUUGAAACAGAAAGUGAAGCCUUACAAUUGAUAAACGACGUAAAAACUGUUCACAGUGCUAGAGGAUUUGAAAUGCGUAAUUGGAUAAGCAACUGUAAAUCCGUUGAGGCGUAUGUUAAUGGAAGUGUUUCUAGCGAACAAUGUAUGAACUUUUCAUCAAAAAGUCACGUAGAAAAAGUUCUAGGCAUGUGGUGGGACACUGCCCUAGACGUGCUGACGUAUAAAGUGUGGUGGCAUCGUUAUGAUACAUCAUUGUUAACGGGAAAUCGAUCACCAACUAAACGAGAAAUGCUACAAGUCCUUAUGUCCAUAUUCGACCCUCUCGGGCUAAUUGCACAUUUUUUAGGAUACCUCAAGGUGGUCUUACAGGAUGUUUGGCGCUCAAGAGUUGAUUGGGAUGAACCAGUACAUAUUGAAGAAUUGAAGAAGUGGAUGAUAUGGAUAAAACUUCUACCACAAAUCGAACAAGUAAAAAUAACCCGAUGCUAUUCCCAGCAAUAUUCCAUCAAUGAUGCUGAAGAUGUUCAACUACAUACAUUCGUAGAUGCUGGAGGGAGCGGAAUGGCGGCCAUUGUCUUUCUGAGAGUCGUUCAUGGACAAAACGUUCGCUGUUCCAUCGUAACAUCAAAAACAAAGGUGGCACCAUUGAAACUAACGUCAGUCCCGAGAAUGGAGUUGCAAGCAGCUCUUAUUGGAGCUCGACUAGCAAGCACAGUUGAAAAGGCUUUAAAGAUCAAAAUAUCUCGCAAAAUUUUCUGGAGUGAUUCAAGAGACGUAUUAUGUUGGAUUAAUUCCGAUCACCGCCGAUAUAGUCUUUUCGUUGGCUUCCGCGUAACUGAGAUCCUUGAGUUGUCGGAAAGUAAGGAAUGGCGAUAUAUACCCAUCAAGCAAAAUGUAGCCGAUGAUGCUACAAAAUGGACUCACCCGCCAAAUCUAUCUAAUGAUAGUCGAUGGUUCAAGGGACCUGAUUUCUUAUAUGAAGACGAACAUAAAUGGCCUUAUGCUGAUAAUGUAAAUAACUCAACAGAUAAUGAACUAAAAGCUAAUGUGUUAGUUCAUACGGUUUCUGCCACACCAACCAUACAUGUAGAGAAAUAUUCUAGCUGGCGGCAAAUAACAAAAGUGGUGGGAUGGAUUAAGCGAUUUGUACAUAAUAUUCGUAACAGAGUACAUGUCAAUUGAGGGCCAUUGCGAACGAGUGAAUUAGGCGAGGCGGAAAAUUAUAUUAUACAAUUAGCGCAGAGAGAUUGCUACGGCAUGGAGUAUAAUGAACUUAAACGAUUCUCAACAUCCGAAAAUAGUGAUACACUAAAGCUCCCAAAAACAAGCGCAUUAUAUAAACUAUCUCCUUGGCUUGAUCGAGAAGGAGUUAUAAGAAUGAAAUCCCGAGUAGCAGCAUGUCAUUAUGCCACAGAAGAUGCAAAAUUUCCUAUUAUUUUGCCUAACAGACAU